GUUCCUAGGAGGUGAGUGCGGACGGUAUGCAAAGUUGUGAAUCCAGUGGCGAAAGUGCGGAUGACCCUCUCAGUCGUGGCCUGCGGAGAAGGGGGCAGCCUCGUGUCGUGGUGAUUGGCGCCGGCUUGGCUGGCCUGGCUGCAACCAAAGCGCUUCUGGAACAGGGCUUCACCGAUGUCACUGUCCUCGAGGCUUCCAGCCGCAUCGGAGGCCGCGUGCAGAGUGUGAAACUUGGACACGCCACCUUUGAGCUGGGAGCCACCUGGAUCCACGGCUCCCAUGGGAAUCCUGUCUAUCAUCUAGCAGAAGCCAAUGGCCUCUUGGAAGAGACAACCGAUGGGGAGCGCAGUGUGGGCCGCAUCAGCCUCUAUUCCAAGAAUGGCGUGGCCUGCUACCUCACCAACCGCGGCCGCAGGGUCCCCAAGGACGUGGUUGAGGAAUUCAGCGAUUUAUACAACGAGGUCUAUAACUUGACCCAGGAGUUCUUCCGGCAUGGUAAACCAGUCAAUGCGGAGAGUCAGAACAGCGUUGGGGUGUUCACCCGGGAGGAGGUGGGCAACCGCAUCAGGGAUGACCCUGACGACCCAGAGGCCACCAAGCGCCUGAAACUCGCCAUGAUGCAGCAGUACCUGAAGGUGGAGAGCUGUGAGAGUAGCUCACACAGCAUAGACGAAGUGUCCCUGAGCGCCUUCGGGGAGUGGACCGAGAUCCCUGGUGCCCACCAUGUCAUCCCUUCGGGCUUCAUGCGUGUCGUGGAGCUGCUGGCUGAGGGCAUCCCGGCCCAUGUGAUCCAGCUGGGGAAACCUGUCCGCUGUAUUCACUGGGACCAGGCCUCGGCACGUCCCCGGGGUCCUGAGAUCCAGCCACGGGAUGAGGGUGACCACAAUCACGACACAGGGGAGAGCAACCAGAGCGGAGAGAGCUCCCAGGGGCGUGGAUGGGGUGAGGACGAGCAGUGGCCGGUGGUGGUGGAGUGUGAAGACUGUGAGGUGAUCCCAGCAGACCACGUGAUUGUGACCGUGUCCCUGGGUGUGCUCAAGAGGCAGUAUACCAGCUUCUUCCAGCCCGGCCUGCCCACCGAGAAGGUGGCUGCCAUCCACCGCCUGGGCAUUGGCACCACUGACAAGAUCUUCCUUGAAUUUGAGGAGCCCUUCUGGGGCCCCGAGUGCAACAGCCUGCAGUUUGUGUGGGAGGACGAGGCGGAGAGUCGCACCCUCACCUACCCACCUGAGCAGUGGUACCGCAAGAUCUGUGGCUUCGACGUCCUCUACCCACCCGAGCGCUACGGCCACGUGCUGAGUGGCUGGAUCUGUGGGGAGGAGGCCCUUGUCAUGGAGCGGUGUGACGAUGAGGCAGUGGCCGAGAUCUGCACAGAGAUGUUGCGUCAGUUCACAGGGAACCCCAACAUUCCAAAACCUCGGCGAAUCCUGCGCUCAGCCUGGGGUAGCAACGCUUACUUCCGAGGUUCCUAUUCAUACACGCAGGUGGGCUCAAGUGGGGCAGACGUGGAGAAGCUGGCCAAGCCUCUGCCCUACACUGAGAGCUCCAAGACGGCGCCCAUGCAGGUGCUGUUCUCUGGGGAGGCCACUCAUCGCAAGUACUACUCCACCACUCACGGUGCUCUGCUGUCCGGCCAGCGCGAGGCUGCUCGUCUCAUUGAGAUGUACCGAGACCUCUUCCAGCAGGGGCCCUGAGAUCUGCGUGUUCCUCCUAGCACCACUAACUCAGGACCAUUGGCCCCUGCCCUUGUCCCUAUGUGCUCCUAACUUCCUCAUCUCCUGUAGAAUGGAUUUCGAUCUUUCGUACAGCUAGACACCCUAGCUGGCUUCAGACCUGGCCUUGUAGCUUUUCCUUCUCUCCAGGCCAGGUGGUGACCAGGCAGGGCGGUUGAUUUACCUCUGUGCUGGGACACAGACCUCCCAUUCCUGUCCUUUUCCCACCUCCACCCACGUUAUUGCAAGUGCCUUCAAUAAUUUGCAUUUUGGGAUAAUAAAAGAGGUGAUCCUUCCUG